AUGGAUACGCUUGAAGCAUCCUUUCGUGCGUUAAACGUCGACAUGAUCACCUAUAAUGUUGAUAAAGAUAAAGCGGACAUUGUAAACAUCAAUGAUCUCGAGGCAUUUAUUGAACUCAUUGAUUUUAUUAACAAGAACUGCCUAACGGGUCCAUCGCUGCAAAAAAUUCAGAUUCCAAUAUUUGACGGUGCAAUUGAAAAAUGGGAAAACUUUAUAUCGCUUUUCGAUAGUUUAGUGCAUAAUCAAGAAGGUAUUGAUGACGCCACUAAGCUUCAAUAUUUACGUUUAUAUACCGCUAAAGAAGCACACGCAACCGUAUCGCGCUUCAUCUUACAAGAUUCAAAUUACGCUCCCGCUUAUGACGCUUUGAAAAAACGGUAUGCUAACAACCGCCGCAUAGCUGCCUUUCACAUACAAAGACUUGUCAAAUUUGUUAACAAGGGUGAUCUACUUCAUUACCUUGAAGUUCACCGCACUUCGACAUCCGCGUUAGCCAAUCUCCAGCUCAACGAUUUGGCUGAUUUCAUCCUCUUUCAAAUUGCGUACAAUAACUGCGAUCCAAAAAUCAAAGCCAGUUUCGACAACGAGAAUGCUAGCGAACUGCCGAAACUAAUUGAACUUUUGGAUCACGUUGAGAAAAGAGCCCGCAGUCACGAAAUGGACGUCAAAUGCGUUCUUCCUACCCAAUCAAAAACCGCUUUCUUCGCGCCACCAAAACCAAAUCAAUCUAGAACCCACAUCACGCAAGCAAGAACGUCGUCUCAACCGAAAUGCAGAUACUGCAACGCUGAUCAUCAAACCUUUCACUGUCAGCAAUUCCGAGAAUUGUCGCCUGCUGAUCGUACCAAUUUUAUCAAAUCUUCUCACGCCUGCUUCAAUUGUUUUGGGUCACAUGAGGUCAAAGACUGUAAAAGUAAAGUCCUCUGCAGAAUCUGCAACCGAGCUCAUCACAGUCUUUUACACCUUCCAACCGCUGUACACACCGUGCCAAGUACUGCAUCGCCUCCCGCAAUUUCUACUACCUCGUCUUCCACGCCUCUCACUGGUACAGACACCGCUCAAGAAAGACCCGCAGCCGUCAUGUCGUGCGUAUCUACAAACCAGGUGCUUCUGGCCACCAUCUUGUGUAAAAUACAGGAUUCGUUCGGCAAUCUGCACGAUGUUUGUGCGCUACUUGACAGCGCCAGUCAAAGAUGUCUUGUGACAAGUAAACUCGCAAACCGCCUAGGAUUACAACGCAAACGAGAAGCUCGCUGCAUCCUCGGAGUGAGCGGAAGAGAAUCUACUUCCCAAGGUUCUGUUCAAUUAACACUUCAAUCACGCUUCAAGCCCCCGGUAAUUUAUGUGACCGAGGCCAGUGUCCUACCGCACAUAUGUGAUGAUUUACCUACUGCUGAACUCUCGCCAGACCUCUACCGCAAAUUUUCUCAGCUGCCACUUGCAGACAAUCAGUUUCACCGACAAAAGAAGAUCGACAUUUUGCUUGGCGCAGACGCUCACGCUAAUUUACUGACUGAAGAAACUCCAAACCUAAUUCCUGGCCAACCUACUGCCCAAAGGACAAAGUUUGGAUGGGUUAUCUUUGGAGCGACCCCCGAACUGAAGCCGCUAUGUUCUGCUACUGCCAUGCUAAUUCGAUCGCAUCCGCUUGAAUCUACGCUUACUCGCUUUUGGGAAAUUGAACAAGUUUCCAUGCCGUCGGCGCAAACAAACCCAGAGGACGUCAUUGCUGAAGAGCAUUACAUCAACACGCAUACCAGGGAUUCUGAGGGACGAUACGUACUGCGCCUCCCUUUCCGCCCAGGAACCAAUCCUAAAGAGUUGUCCAACCGCAGCGCCGCUGAAAAAUGUUUGAGAUCGCUAGAAAGACGAUUAGGGCGUCAACCGCAAGUAAAGUUAUUGUAUUCCGCAUUCAUGCAAGAGUUCAUCGAAAUGAAACACAUGCAACUAAGUGUUUCACCAUCAAGUUAUGUUCUGCCACACCACUGCGUCAUGAAGGAGAGCACCUCCACCAAACUGAGGUGCGUCUUCAACGCUUCCGCCAAGGACGUCACAGGGACGUCUCUGAACCAGUUACUUCUACCAGGACCGAAGCUGCAGGCAGACAUAAGUGACAUUCUUAUCCGUUUUCGCUUCCACAACGUCGCACUGUGCAGUGAUAUCAAAAUGAUGUUUCGCCAGCUCGCCAUCCAUCCAGAAGACAGGCAGCAUCAGCACGUUUUCUGGCGUGAAUCUCCCGAACAUACGCUUCAAGAAUACGAAAUAACUCGUGUCGUAUAUGGUAUGGCAAGCAGUAGUUUUCUUGCUCAACGCACCCUUCGCCAACUCGCUGCUGACGAAGGUCACCGCUUCCCAAAUGCCGCUAUUGCUUUAGUUCGAGAUUUCUAUAUGGAUGAUUACGUCGGAGGAUCUUCCUCUAUUGCUGAGGCCAAGCAACUUCGCAAAGAACUGACUGAGCUGCUCGACGCAGGAUGCAUGCCUCUGCGCAAAUGGAGCUCGAGCAAUCCACGAGUGCUUGACGACAUUCCUGAUUCCCACAAGGAAGUUCCGCUGGAAUUCAGUACUGGUGAUCCCAUGCUGAAAAUUCUUGGUCUAUGCUACCUACCGCAAGAAGACGCGUUCAGUUAUCGCCUUAAACCCUUUGAAGGCCCCGCUACGAAACGUUCAGUACUCGGUUACGUUAGUCGAUGUUACGACCCCCUUGGGCUUCUGUGUGGAGUGAUCUGCCGAGCAAAGCAGUUCAUUCAGAGCCUUUGGUUGUUACGCAGUGAUUGGGAUGAGCCGCUACCCGAACCGAUACAAUCAAACUGGAAAGAUUUUCUACAUGUCAUGAGCAGUUUACCCAAAUUUCGAAUACCGCGAUGCUUCAAUCGAGGUGAGUUCGCUGAAGCUCAUCUAGUAAAAGCCAAGAGUCGCGUUGCCCCGCUAAAGACUCUAUCUAUUCCCCGAUUGGAGCUACUGGGCAGUCUUCUGGCUUCUCAAUUGAUAAACUCCGUGCUGCACGCCAACCCCGGUCGUGCAUAUUCGUCGAUCCAUAUGCUAACGGACUCCACCAUAGUACUCGCAUGGUUGAAGACUCCACCGCACCUUCUUAAUACAUUUGUCGCUAAUAGAGUUGUAACGAUUCUUGACCUUACUAAGAACUACCAAUGGGCGCGCGUUCCUUCCGAGUUUAACGCCGCAGACUGUGCCUCGCGUGGUUGUAUUGACGAUCAGAUAUGGUGGCAUGGUCCCUCUUUUAUGAGCCGCAGUCCAGAGCAUUGGAACAUUUCCAUCCCGAUGGAACCUGAUGAAAUUCCAGAGCGCAAGGUUACCACACUUGUAGUUCAAGCAAACCCCGCAGCAACCGACUCCCCGCUAGACAUCAUAGAGAGAUUCUCAUCUUUGUCACGCCUUCAACGCAUCGUUGCGAACAUUCGGAGAUUUGCUCACAAUGCGAGCUGCAAAUCCGCUAGGAAAAUUGGUCCGCUAUCCGUUUCUGAGUUAAGUGACGCUUUAUUGUGCUGUGUUCGCAUUACCCAAGCUGUUGAAUUCUCCGAAGAAAUCAAACAACUACAGUCCACUAAUUCCAACAAAGUUCCGCUACGCCUUUCCAAAUUGUCGCCCUACAUCGAUGAAAAGGGAUUCCUCAGGGUGGGCGGUCGCUUACGACAUAGCUUGCUACCAUCUGAAAGCAAGUACCCGCUACUACUCCCCAAAAAAUGUCAUCUCUCGUCACUAAUCUGUGAUUAUUAUCAUAAACAAUUGUUACACGCAGGCCCCCGCCAAACGAUGAGUUUCAUCCAGAGGAAAUUUUGGAUACUAGCCGCGCAUUCGCUGAUUCGCCAGAGAAUCUACAUGUGUCGCCCUUGCUUUCGCCUUACCGCUGCUCCGCGGCAGCCGAUCAUGGCCGAUCUGCCUGCUUGCAGAGUACAACCCGCUCCGCCAUUCUACACGACCGCUUCGGAUUUUGCAGGUCCCUUUGAGACCAAGGAGACCACCCGCCGCAAUAGUCCACGCCAUAAGUCAUACUGUUGCAUUUUCGUGGACACGGCAAGCAAAGCCGUACAUCUAGAAGCUGUUACCGAACUAUCUACCGCUGCAUUCAUGGCUGCUUUUCAUCGAUUUUGUGCCCGUCGUUCUCUUCCUGCUACCUUACACACUGACUGUGGGCGGAACUAUCUAGGAGCCGCACGACAGCUAAAGGAAGUUACGACUUUCCUCAAGAAUCAUCAAGACGAACUGUACACUCAGCUCGCAUCGCUAAAGGUGAAGUGGUGUUUCAAUCCACCCGCUGCACCCAAUUUUGGAGGAAUUUUUGAAGCUGCAGUUAAGUUAAUGAAACUACUUAUGUACCGGCAAAUUGGGAAUACAAUCCUCACUUUCGAAGAGCUCAGCACUUUUUUCGCGCGCGUCGAAGCUGUGCUUAAUAGUCGCCCGCUUGGAAUGAUUUCCUCAGACCCCCGCGAGGGUAGCGACGUGUUGACCCCAGGACAUUUACUCGUCGGAAGACCGUUGGUCGCCCCACCGGAGCUGUGCCUUACUGAUACCGAUAUUAGUGUUGGAUCUCGGUGGCAACGAAUUCAUGCUCUCUCUCAAUCCUUUUGGCGUCGGUGGAGCAGUGAGUAUUUGCAUACUCAAAUGCAGCGUCAAAAAUGGACUCGUGACUGUCCUAACCCCACCGUAGGAUCGUUCGUGUAUAUUACUGGACUAUCUUCUUCGCCAUUGUCCUGGCCUCUCGGUGUCAUCGAAAGAGUACACCAUAGUAAUGACUCUAAGGAAUUAUUUGAUGGUCGAUACGUUGUAUUCCGAAAAGAUAGGAAUAAAGACACAACUAAUCUUAAGGAUGGUGGUGGCGUCUUGGUGGCCAUCGAUAAACGCUUCCACUUGGAACUUGUCGACAUUUCGCUCGAAGAAACCUUACUCGUCAAAAUAGUCCGUAUGCUUGGAGUAACGAUCGACAGUAACCUAAUCUUCGUUCAACACGUCAAACAUCGAUCCGAAAAGGCCAAGCCCAACGUCAUGUCAAACAAGCUGCGGAAAGUCUGGUACACGCCGGCGAAGCUGGGAAAUAUCUGGCAGACCCUGGAACGCGUCCAGAGAGUGGCGGUUUUGAGAAUAGCAUCGGGCUACAGGACUGUAAGGGACAGUAAAAACUUCGUAAAACAUACAGCCUUGAUCAUUGCCACAGUCUUCAGUUUGUGUUCACCACAACUAAUUUCACCUAAUAUCGAAAACAAGGUAUCUACUUGUGUUUCUUUGUGCAUACAGAAACUAUUUCGCGAUGACGAAACGCUCCUUUUUGUAUUCGAGCGAAGAGAAGAUAUGUGGAUGUUGUCGGUUAAUCAUCCAAAAAUACUAGUUGCAUUAGAUUACUUUAUAACCAGGGAUGUUCAGUUCUACAACAAUUACUUGCUAUUUACAGAGGGUGCGAACACCUUAAACCGCACAUUACACAAUCUUACCAAAAGUUCGAUUUGGAAUCCAAGUCGUGGUCCGCGUGGUCAAUUCCUGGUAACCGUGCUGGAUAAUGCCAACAUUGAAGUGGUAUUUCAAACCUUGUGGUACUUUGAUAUUUUGAAUGUUAUAAUAAUCGGCAAAGAGCAAGAAAUCCCAGUUUUGUAUACUUCGGAUCCAUUUGGAAAAGUAGGACCAUGUAAGAAGAAUAUUUACGUAAAGAAAAUAGAGUGUGCCCAUAAAAGUGAAAUAGACUUUCCUCUUACUCACCGACUUAUUAAACCGUGUGAUUUACAAAUGAUUACCGACGCAGUCUUACCUGCGUCACAAGCACUGAGUUUAUCAGUAACAGCUGCUGUAACGAAAAAUGUUAUUGAAAUUAUUUCUGAAGUCUUAGGUGUUAACAAAUCAUUCCCACUAACAGAAGGCGAAACCAAGAAUGAAAGAAAACUGCACGACCCAAAUAUGAGCGUAGUCCUAUUGCCGCUUCCUAUUAGAGCUUUGGAAUUUUACGAGAAAUAUGAUCUCAGUAUAUUAUUAUACAGAGAUGAGGUGGUAUGGACACCAGAAAUGUGA